UGCAAGGCCCCCUCCAGUAGGUGAGCGGGAUGGAUUGGAUUCCGGCGGGGAACGCGGGUGUCUCGAAGUGGUGCUAAUGGGAAGAGGUUUCUGCUCUCCAAAGAAGAUGCGCUGCCACAAAGAGCGGCUUGCGCGCCGGCCUGGGCUCUAGCCCGGGAGACAUCCCGGGAGAACUCCGAGCUCGGAGCGCUCGGCUAAGACCCGGGCAACAUGCCUGUUCGCAGGGGGCAUGUGGCACCGCAAAACACCUUCCUGGGGACCAUCAUACGGAAAUUUGAAGGACAGAAUAAAAAAUUUAUCAUUGCAAAUGCCAGAGUGCAGAACUGUGCCAUCAUCUACUGCAAUGACGGGUUCUGUGAGAUGACUGGUUUCUCCAGGCCAGAUGUCAUGCAGAAGCCGUGCACCUGCGACUUUCUCCACGGGCCUGAGACCAAGAGGCAUGAUAUUGCCCAAAUUGCCCAGGCGUUGCUGGGGUCAGAGGAGAGGAAAGUGGAGGUCACCUACUAUCAUAAAAAUGGUUCUACUUUCAUUUGUAACACUCACAUAAUCCCAGUGAAGAACCAAGAGGGCGUGGCUAUGAUGUUCAUCAUUAAUUUUGAGUAUGUGACAGAUGAAGACAAUGCUGCCUCCCCAGAGAGGGUAAACCCAAUAUUACCAGUCAAAUCUGUAAACCGGAAACUCUUUGGGUUCAAAUUUCCCGGUCUAAGAGUUCUAACAUACAGAAAGCAGUCAUUGCCACAGGAAGACCCAGAUGUGGUAGUCAUUGAUUCAUCUAAACACAGCGAUGACUCUGUGGCCAUGAAACACUUUAAGUCUCCCACGAAAGAAAGUUGCAGUCCCUCUGAAGCAGAUGAUACAAAAGCCUUGAUACAGCCUAGCCAGUGUUCUCCCUUAGUGAACAUAUCUGGACCUCUGGACCAUUCCUCUCCCAAGAGGCAAUGGGACCGCCUCUACCCUGACAGGCUGCAGUCAAGUUCCCAGCUAACACACUCCAGAUCACGGGAGAGCCUCUGCAGCAUAAGGAGAGCAUCUUCAGUUCAUGAUAUAGAAGGCUUCAGUGUCCACCCCAAGAACAUAUUUAGAGAUCGGCAUGCCAGUGAAGACAAUGGUCGCAAUGUCAAAGGGCCUUUUAAUCAUAUCAAGUCCAGUCUGCUGGGGUCCACGUCGGAUUCAAACCUGAACAAAUACAGCACCAUCAACAAGAUUCCUCAGCUCACUCUGAACUUUUCAGAGGUCAAACCUGAAAAAAAGAAUACAUCCCCUCCUUCUUCAGAUAAAACUAUUAUUGCACCCAAGGUCAAAGAACGAACACACAACGUGACAGAGAAAGUGACCCAGGUUCUUUCUUUGGGAGCAGAUGUCUUGCCAGAAUACAAGCUGCAGACGCCGCGCAUCAACAAAUUUACAAUAUUGCACUACAGCCCUUUCAAAGCAGUCUGGGAUUGGCUUAUUUUGCUAUUAGUCAUUUAUACUGCUAUAUUCACCCCCUAUUCUGCAGCCUUUCUCCUCAAUGACAGAGAAGAACAGAAAAGGCGAGAAUGUGGCUAUUCCUGUAGCCCUUUGAAUGUGGUAGACUUGAUUGUGGACAUUAUGUUUAUUAUAGACAUUCUAAUAAACUUCAGAACAACCUAUGUAAAUCAGAAUGAAGAAGUGGUAAGUGAUCCUGCCAAAAUAGCAAUACACUACUUCAAAGGCUGGUUCCUGAUUGACAUGGUUGCAGCCAUCCCUUUUGACUUGCUGAUUUUUGGAUCAGGUUCUGAUGAGACAACAACGUUAAUUGGUCUUUUGAAGACUGCACGUCUCCUUCGACUCGUGCGCGUAGCCAGGAAACUGGAUCGAUACUCAGAAUACGGCGCCGCUGUUCUAAUGCUCUUAAUGUGCAUAUUUGCCCUGAUUGCCCACUGGCUGGCUUGCAUCUGGUAUGCGAUUGGGAAUGUAGAGAGGCCCUAUCUGACUGACAAAAUUGGAUGGUUGGAUUCCUUAGGACAACAAAUUGGGAAACGUUACAAUGACAGUGACUCAAGUUCUGGACCGUCCAUUAAAGACAAAUACGUCACGGCACUUUAUUUUACCUUCAGCAGUUUAACCAGUGUAGGAUUUGGAAAUGUGUCUCCUAACACCAAUUCGGAGAAAAUCUUUUCCAUUUGUGUCAUGUUGAUUGGCUCACUAAUGUAUGCCAGCAUUUUUGGGAAUGUUUCUGCAAUUAUUCAAAGACUGUACUCGGGAACUGCCAGGUACCACAUGCAAAUGCUGAGGGUGAAAGAGUUCAUUCGCUUCCACCAAAUCCCCAACCCUCUGAGGCAAAGGCUUGAAGAAUAUUUCCAGCACGCAUGGACUUACACCAACGGCAUUGACAUGAACAUGGUCUUAAAGGGAUUUCCAGAAUGUUUACAAGCUGACAUUUGCCUGCAUCUAAACCAGACUUUACUGCAAAACUGCAAAGCCUUUCGAGGAGCAAGUAAAGGCUGCCUUAGAGCUUUGGCAAUGAAGUUCAAAACCACCCACGCCCCUCCAGGAGACACCCUGGUUCACUGUGGGGAUGUCCUAACUGCACUCUACUUCUUGUCAAGAGGCUCCAUUGAAAUCCUCAAGGAUGACAUAGUGGUAGCUAUUCUUGGAAAAAAUGAUAUCUUCGGGGAAAUGGUUCAUCUUUAUGCCAAGCCUGGCAAGUCGAAUGCAGAUGUGAGAGCACUCACGUACUGUGACCUGCAUAAGAUCCAGCGAGAAGACUUGCUGGAGGUCUUGGAUAUGUAUCCAGAGUUUUCUGACCACUUUCUGACUAAUCUAGAACUGACUUUCAACCUAAGACAUGAGAGUGCAAAGUCCCAAUCCAUAAAUGAUUCGGAAGGGGACACCUGUAAACUACGAAGAAGGAGAUUGUCCUUUGAAAGUGAAGGCGAAAAAGAUUUUAGCAAAGAAAACAGCACAAAUGACCCUGACGAUUCUACAGACACAAUAAGACGUUUUCAGAGUUCCAAGAAGCAUUUUGAAGAGAGGAAAAGCAGAUCGUCAUCCUUCAUCUCCUCCAUCGAUGAUGAACAAAAGCCACUCUUCUUGGGAACAGUAGAUUCUACACCAAGAAAGGUGAAAGCAACCAGACUCCAUGGUGAAGAAACAAUGCCCCCCUCAGGAAGAAUUCACACAGAUAAAAGAAGUCACUCUUGCAAAGAUAUCACUGAUACACACAGCUGGGAAAGAGAGCCUGCCUGGGCUCAGCCUGAAGAAUGCAGUCCCUCAGGACUUCAGAGAGCUGCCUGGGGGAUCUCUGAGACUGAAAGCGACCUCACCUAUGGGGAAGUGGAGCAAAGGUUAGAUUUACUUCAAGAGCAGCUUAACAGACUUGAAUCCCAAAUGACCACGGACAUCCAGACCAUCUUACAGCUCCUGCAGAAACAAACCGCAGUGGUCCCUCCAGCCUACAGCAUGGUGACUGCAGGAGCCGAGUAUCAGAGACCUGUCCUCCGUCUGCUGAGGACCAGUCACCCCAGAGCAUCCAUUAAGACUGACCGGAGUUUCAGCCCCUCCUCCCAAUGUCCUGAAUUUCUAGACCUUGAAAAAUCCAAACUCAAAUCCAAAGAAUCCCUCUCAAGCGGAAGACAUCUGAACACAGCCUCAGAAGACAACUUGACUUCACUUUUAAAACAAGACAGUGAUGCGUCUUUAGAGCUUCACCCACGGCAACGAAAAACUUACCUUCAUCCCAUCCGACACCCAUCUCUGCCAGAUUCUUCCCUAAGCACUGUAGGGAUCUUGGGUCUCCAUAGGCAUGUUUCUGAUCCUGGUCUACCAGGAAAGUAAUCAUUUUGUACUAUUUCCUCCACAUCCAAUGUAAGUGCUUUUAAUGGCUGUUUUCCUUUUUGUAUUUAAAUCCUCUCUACUUGACUCAGGGGCUCACAAGGUACCAUUAUAUGCAAAAGUACUGUAUAUUUUUCCUAAAUUGAAGCUUGUAAGGUAAAGUUGAGCAGUUAGGAUGUAAAUAUACAUAAGAGCUUUUGGUUCCAAAUGUUCAAACUGCCAGCAUCUCAAGGCACCUUAUUUUUUAAUUUUAUUUUUUAAAUCAUGUGCAUGUUAGGAAACUCCAGUUUCUCUUGCAUGGAGACUCCUAUUUACCGCUUUUACUGAAUCAGUGCUUGAUUAUGAAAAAGCCUUCCGAGCAAAUAAGAAACCGAGGAAUGAAAGUGUUCAUGAACGCAACUCAGAUGAUCCUCCACUUAGGGGAGUUCAAGGGGGGUGGGGAUAAGGGAAGUUAGUCACUUUGGAGAACAGAUUUCCUUCUGUAUUGACAUGUUUGUAGUUACUUACCUUCAUUUCCUAUAACAAUUUAAAAGAAAGAUGCAAAGUUUGAGUUAUACAUAUCAGUCAGAAAGGGAGCUAAAAUCCAAAAGUACCAAAGGAUAUAGUUCUUUCUUAAUAAAUAUGUAGAACUUCAGAUCAUGUGGAAGAAAAGACAUGUGAGGUUUCAACGGGAACUCAGGCCCUGGUUUCAUGUCCCAGGUUAUGUAAGACCUUUGACAAAAGCUACUCAUUUUGGAGAGGUGACAGGACAAAGAUGUCCCAGGCUUCCACUGUUGAGGAAACUGUGGGAAGCAGUCACCUACCCCCAGCUUUCUGGGAGCUGCAGUCUCUGGGCGGGUGAGCAAUCUGUCCCCAAGGAGUCUCAAUACCCUGCUUUUAGGGAGGGUAUAGAGUGGGAGGAGAACGGAGAGACCUUUGUGGAUUUCUGCCCCAUUUUCUGACAGAUUGAGGAGUCACAAUGUUUCCCUGAGCUUGUCUUCAGCUAAACAAUUAUGAAUAUAGGACAACAUCAGUGAGAGAACAAAAUUAUCUCUCUAGUAAAUUCUUUCAUAGCUUCAUUCACAAGCUACCUAAAAUUUUUCACAGUAGUGCAUUUUUCUGAAGUCAUAAAAUGAAGAUUAUUUUGUGUUGGGGUGGCUCUUAACAUGCCACUUACAAAAAGGACAGCCACAAUUUUUUCAGAUUUAUAUGUGAGAGCAAUCUUGCAUUUGAUUAAAUAGUACAUACCCACAUUUUUUAAAAUAUGCGAUUUCAGAGUAUUUGUCAGCAAAACUCUUUCAUUAAGAAUGGGUUGUUUCCUUGCUUUUCCCAGCUGUGACAAACAAUGUUCAUUGGUCCACCUAGAAAAUUCUUAAGUUAAUUGAAAAUUAAGUAAAAAAUCCAUUACAUAUAAUUUGGGCUGAUUAUAUGUUGAUUCUAUCCCAGGAUAUAUAUAGUAGAAGAAUAUAGUCUAACACCUUUUAGUGUUAGGUAUUGUUUGGGCAAAAGAGGUGGCAUUUGGAUCAUAAAAUCAACACAAGAAAAAAUACAAUUUAUAAUUCUGAUUGGUCAAACUCUAGUUAAAUUCUAUUUUCAACUCAAUUAUAAUUUAAAAAAUUAUCAGAGACUAACCCUUUGUGUUCUUUCCUCCUGAACAAACAUCUAGAAAAUUUGUUGAAGGCUUCUUAAUUUUUCUACUAAUUCUUAUACUCCAACAGAGCUUUAAAUAGUAGUUUAUGUGUACAUUAUUAAAUGGUUGAAUUUUUCUUCACCUUCAACACUAAUCAUUAACCCACUUCAAAUGCAAGCAAUUUAUUAAAUGUGCAUGACACUAUUACUCUAUUUAAAACGUGAUUAGAGUGACCUUAAAUUGUUCCCUAUAUACUUUUAAGCAGUCACAGAAUUUGCCAGUCUGACCUGAGUGGUAGGAAAUCUACACAUAGGCAUGUUCUUAUUCUCAAUUUAAGAAAAGUAAUCGUAAGUGAUUGAGUACCUAUGGCAUAAGACCAGUCAAGUCAACCAAAAGUAUAAUAAUUAGAAUGGUCUUCCCAAAUCAUUUGAUAUGGUACAGAUACAAAUGUGGACUCCUGGCCACUUUCAUUCACUCACUCAGCAAACAUUCGAAUGAGGUGCCACACACUGGAGAGUCACGCAAGUAGCGAAUGAGUUAGGUGUGGUGUGGAUUUAGGGAUCUUCUUUUCAUAUUGGGGCACAUUCUGCAGCUGCAACACAUUUCCUGAGGACUAUUCUCCCUUAGCUCCACAAGCAUUCAGCAUAAAUUCCCAGCUAUUGCUCAUUUGUAAGGAGAGAGGGUUUGGCAGGUGAGGAACUGAGGCUGAUUGUUUGAUCUGAUUAGUGGAUGCUCCAGCUGCAGCAUUUGGUAUGACAUGCAUGCAAUUUGGUCUAUUGGAAGCCUCCAUUUAUAUUUCUUUAUAAAAACCUAGCAUGCAGAAAAGGGAAGAUGGUAUACAAGCAUCCAGCCAGUUUAAAUUCUAGGACAAUCAAAACUCCUUCCCUUCUCAAUUCCUCCACAUAAAAUAAUUGUAUGCUGUUUAAAUCGUAAGUCUGAGAGAGUUGUGUAGGAACAUAAAGGGACUUUUUUAUCCUAUAGUAUAUAUUUUUUUAAAGUGCCCAAGCAACAUAAACAUACACAUAGUCAUAAAUGUCAGGUGAACAGACAGUUUAACUGACUUAUGAAUAAGAAAAUCAAUCAUCUUGAUGUACAAUGUGCAUCCCCUUGUCCCAGCCUAAAAAUAACUUUAAAAUUGCAUUACCCUACCUAUCACUUACAGCAAAAGCAACCUGACACCUCCAACUUGGGGUCCUGCCUAAGGCCACAUCCAACUACUGCCCCAGCCAAAAGGCAGUCCGGCAACUGCUUUCCUUAGAGGGACUUAGAAGCACGGACACAACACCUUUCGGCUUCAACGUAAAAUUAUCAUCUAGUCCCAUGUCCGUAAAAAACAAACUGCUGUCUUAAAUCUGACUUGGCUGAGCUGCUCUCCUACAGCUAUUAACUGCUGGUCAGAAAAUUGCCUCUCAGACGCAUCGCUUUAUCCCAGCGGGGGGUCCCAUACUUCAAUUAGCUGAUGAGAAAACCAGGAAUAAAAAAUACAGAAGUGAUCUUUUUAAUAUAAUAAUCACUAAUUCAACAAACAGGGCAAAGCAGGGAGCCAGUCUGAGACAACGUAAAUUUCAAGUCCAUUAUAAUGGACUGGCCGUCAGAAUUAAGUUUUCUUCUCUAGUCAGGUAGAGUGACAUUGGGAAUCAGGGUUAAUAUGUGCAUAUUAGAACUCAAGGUUGUACGGGCUUGAACCUGUGCAAUGGCUCCAAAAUACCUAAGAGAAAAACAUUUAUAUCCAAAUGUCAUUUUCAAAUCACAACUUACACAUUAUAGGCAAGGAUAAAAAUGUAUCACCUCCUCAGUAUAUAUAAAAGAGUAACUAAUAAGAAAUAACAUGUUUUAUAGCCAGGAAAAAAAGCAAUUCAGGAAAUUAAAUCAAUUAGAAAUGAACUGUAACUCUGGCUAUAAUUUAAUAUAAGGGGCUCUAUAUUGUUUAUUCAUGGGUAAAACAAAACCAAAAAACAUGUUCUCAAUGUUAAUUGGCCUCUUAUUCAAUGUUAAAAACCUUUCGAUCAAAAAAUUGAGUUGAUUUCUCAUUUUUAAUCACAGUUGUAUAGUAACAUAAACAUAAAUGUCAAUCCUGUACAUUCAAAGAGGCCCUUGGGGGACAGGUUGCUGUGGAGUGGUCUUAAGCUGUUGUCCUGAGGUUAGCAGUGCUCAGAUCACCUAAGAACUCAGAAACAAAUGGUCCUGAGUCUCAUCCCGGAUCUACCAAAUCAGAAACAGGAAGGCUGGGACCCAGCGCUGAUCCUUCAAGGAGCUCUCCUUAACAUGGUCUGUAUGCACACUAAAACACAGAGGUCCAAAAACCAUGUUCUGUAGUUAGGCCAACUCGAUCCUAACAGUAGCUCUUCCAUUCACAUGCUAUGUCACCCUGAGUGAAUUACCUUCUGAGAGUUUUCUCCAGAGUCUUUAAAAAUGAAAUUAUAGUCCUUGCCUCACUAAAGUCUGAGGAGAAACAAAACCUAAUUUUAAAAAAAGUGCCUGGCACACAGUAGGUGCUUAAAAAAAACAUCCUAAAAUGCACCCCUGACCCCCUGCCAGGAGCAUGACAUUAAAAACAACUAGGAAGAAAAAAAUUUUCUUUUGAACAAGUGCAAAGUAACCAAAUAGCUGCUUCCAAGACUGAAGUUUUUGAUUCUGAAAAACUUAACUGUAGCUCAAUCUUUCCCUUAAUUUUGUGCUAUUAACUCGACAGCUUUCAAGUAAUAAUAUUGAGACUAUUGGUGGUGAGGAUGUGACUCCCUCUGUUGCUCUGAAUUAGUGUUAAAUUCUGCAAGGUGAAUUUCUGUAAAGGUGGAUUCUAUAAAAGCUAGUGCACCCACUGUGCAGUGUCUCCUUGGACAUGAUAGAGUUCCCAGAUGGGUUAUCUGAAACUAUUUACAAAAUACAAUUCAAUUCUGAAAGUAAACACAAUUGCUGUUUUUACAAACCCCAGAACUUCACAGGGGUAACGGCACUUUUCAGGCACCCAACUCCUUUCUCUCACCGCACACAUGCAGCCAAUAGAUGGCAAACACCAGAGUUCUCCGUGAGGAACGCUGAAAAUGGCGGAAAGGCUUGGUGUGGUAAAGCUGAACUCAAAUCCUACCUAUUCCAUGUAUGGGUGGGGGAAAAAACCCAAAGUGAGCCUCAGUAUCCAAAAUCAUGUAAAUACAAGUGAUUUUUUUUGAAAUAGCUCUCUGAAAUGUCCACGUGGAAGUGUGCAGAAGCCAUGCUCCAGGUAAAGAAGCAAAUCCAUCCUGUGGUUUGCACAUCACAAAGCAAUGUUCAGGAAGUGGCGUAAUAACAUUGAUGAUCAUGUAAAAACAUGUUCCAUCAUUUUUUCCUCCACCCAACUCUCCACAUUGACACUCAGUAUGUAACGGAAUUCUACAAAGUGGUUUCAUGCCCCUGCCAAUGAUGAGGAUGUUAGCAGGAGACAGUGUUUGUGUUGGGGCCACCUCUUCUGCAUCAGCACCCAGGUGUUCAGCCAACACCUGUAGAGUGAUGCAUCCACAAUACAGAUGUUUUCUCGGUUUGAGAUCUUUGCCCCAUCUCUCCCUGAUUCCCCAAAUGUUCUCUUUCAGAUCUGUUUACUUGUGUCUCUUCUUAAAGUGGUGUUGUUAGCCUUUUAAAAACUAAUGGGAUAUAUUUCCAAUGCUUUAUAAAAUAUUAGGCACCAUGACUGGGCAAGGUCCACCCAUGCUUAGGAUGUCAUUAUAGAGACUAUAAUGUAUUUCGGUAAAAUAUACUUUGUUUUAAUGACCAGUACAGAAAAACAAAAUGCAUAGAAGACACAGACUGACAUUUGACAGCAAGAAAAGAAACUAUCACAAAGAUUAUUUUGUUAACUAGUACAUGAAAGUUGAGAAAUGACUAAUUGGAAGUUAUUUUAAACUACCACAUUAUAACUAUAAAUGAAUAUAAAAAUAUUAAUAGAAAUGGAAUGUAUUCAAAACUAUAUACUCAGUUGUCCUGGUCUAUCACUUUACCAGCCAUGAUCAAACUUUUAAACAUGCACAGCAAGAACUAUUACAACAGUGUUCUCAAUUAAAUCUUUUUAUUAUGAGACGUAGAAAUGUGAACAUGGCUAUUCUUUUUAAAUUAAUGUCAAAACUUAGAUUAAUUCCUGAACUGUAUUCAUGUCAUCUGUGAUUCCCAUUAGUUAACAUAUUUUCAAAGAUGUGAAAUAAUUUGGGGCACCUGUGAUUUCAAAGCUUUAUAUGUUUAACUCACAUUCUUUGGACUUCUGGUAUGUUAUGAUGCAAUUUAAAAACUCACAAUUGUGAGUAACCACAACUGUGAGCAUUUUAACUGUAUCAGUUUUCAUUUUUAUUUAUAUUGUAUGUGAAUGCAUAAGAAAAGUCCACACCACAUUCCUUAUCCCUAAUUGGAAGGAAAAUUGAAGGAUCAGUAAAGCUGUGAUGAGCUCUUCCCACAAUCUCCUCAAAUGCUUACAGAGUUGCAGUAGCAAUGAAAUGGCAUGGCACCCUUCUCCCAAUGACACAAAAACACAACAAAAAUAUCAAGAAGUCUCUACUCCGAGGCUCCCACUGAUUUUAAAGAAAGGCAGAUGGCCUUUUUAUAGCUGAAAUUUUCAUUUCAUAAUUCUGAUGAGAAAAUAUAUUAUCCCAGAAGGCUUGCCAGUCAAUGAAUAGUGUAUUUCAGAAGAGAAUGUGUGUGAUCACUUGAAAAUGUCAGUCAUCUGAUAUCCGGAAGCUCACUCACACCCUGUUACACAGAACUCUGGAAUGCUUUAAACUACAGGAAACAAUCGACCAAACACAUACUACUUCAUAGUCUUUAUGCACAUAAUGUAGCAUGGAAUCACAACGCUUUUGAAAUAUUCUGUGCAGAAAUCUUUAUUUUUUAGCCAAUAUUUUCCUCAAAGGUUGGUAUGUGGUGUUGACAGUGUAAUCUAUUUGCACAGCUAGUUUUGCAAUAACCUUCUACAAAUAACUGUACAUAAGAAAAAUGUAAAUUUCAUGUAAAAAUGGUUGCAAAAUUUUGGUAGCUGAAAGAACUAUACAAGUUGUAUUGAAAAUAUAGUAUAUAUACCUAAUUUAAGAAUGAAACAUAAUUUCUCAUCUAUUUAUACAUGAAAAACUCAAGAAUUUGUAAAAGAAUUUAUUUUGGGGGAAAAGAAAGUAAAUCUUAUUAGCUAGCUAGUGUACUUUUAAUAGCGAAGCCAACAAAUUCCAAUGUUUUGUUAAGUACAGUACUAGAUAUAGGCAUGGUGGUGCUGAUCAAUUCGAAAUUCACGUCAUUGUAACAGUGCUAUGGUGUUACCGAGUUCCAGUAGACCACCAGCAAGCUGGGCUGAGUGGUGAAAGCAUUAACUCCUAAUUUAAAGGACUCAAAAACAUUUUACUUUGUCCCAUCAGAACCAUGGUAGUAAAUGGCUGAAAUGUUUAUUGUUCACCACAAUUUUCUGAAGGAUAAAUGGCCUUUAACAUACAUUCAAAAUAGCUCAUUCAUAAUGAAAGCUUGGCUCAUCUUUUCAUUCAAGAAUGGAAGUAUGCAGCUAUUAUUUCCUCUCGCUGAAGUUUCAGACAGGCUUAAUUUCUCCCCCUGGUUGCUUGGGUGUCAUGUAAGAAAAUUCGCACUAUCUUCAAAGACACUUUUCAACAAGAUUUGUGGGCGCUGACAAAGCAUGCACUAAGGGUGGCAUUGUCUGUGCAGUGACAUAGAUUCCUCAUGCUUCCUUUUUAAGAUUUAAGAAGCCAAGAGCAAUGGCCCCAUGCGAUAAAUGUAAAACCAAAGUUAUUACAGACAGCAGGAAAUAUUACAUUGCCCUCUGUAACUGGAACUGAUUGUGAGAUCAGCGUCAAAGUACAGACGGCAAAAUACCUGGCAACGUUCCAUAACAUAUUAUCUCUUAUCUUAAGACAUACUUGAGGGUCCUGCAUUUACACAACUGUAAGAAAUUAAAUAUGCAUUUAAAAGUCCAGUAAAUUCUAAAGUCAUUUUUAAAUGGCCUAUAAUUUACAAAAUAACAUGAGUCUUUAAUUAGUAUAUUUCUAGAACACUGUUCAGGUUAUCUUUUGCAAUUUCAGUAAUCACAGAAAAAUAAGACAACUAAAUAAGCAAUACACACAAUUAAAUCGAAAUGGUUAUAUGCAUGUGUCUACAUAUUUAGAUGUUUAUGCUUAGAGAAAAAGGUUAAAUCCAACCCCCAAUACAUCAGAAUUGGAAAUCUACCAUUCCUGGUUCACACAUCUCUCCAUGUAGCUAUUAAAUGAUGUUCUAUAACUUCUUGAUGUUAAUGAAGGGGCACACCCGACAACAAGACCAGCACGUGGGAAAAACCCCUGUCUGUAUAUUUUCUAAUUGUGGUGCAUGGUCAUGAGACAGAAGCACUCUGUAUGUCUACUCACUGUAGGUUCGGACUGGCAGAAGCAAGCCUGGGUUUUAACAUACUGCACGAUGUAUUAUGAAGCUACUUGGAUAAAGGGACUGAUAAGAACAUAUGCUUUUUUCAUUGUAAGAUGGGAAAGAAUUCUUUAAAAAUAAGUGGAAGGAAACAUAACAAGAAGGAUUCAAAGCCUGGGUUUUCUAGCAUUCAAAUGACAGACAGGUCUUGAGUCUGAAGGGUUCCCCAAGUUCUCCAAGUGUUUCACUAGAAAGUUUCUUUCUCAAUGUUCUAAAUUACAAGGAAAUUUUAAUUUAGUAUAUGGAGAGAUGUCUUGAUCUUGGUCUAAAUGAGAAAUGAUAAGACUGGUAUUCCUUUGAAAUAUUGUCUGCAUUCACCACCUCACAGACGGUUAAACAU